AUGGAGGAUUACCUGCACUACAUGAAGACUCUCCGCUUCCAAAUGAACGCAAAGAAUGAAACAAGGCGAUUGACAGAGGAAAACGAUCAGAUGGCAAAAGCUAAAGGACAGAUCUGUUUGCAGAUUCUGGAAAAGCAGAAGAAAAUUGCUUCUUUGGAGUGUGAUUCUUCUACUCUUGCUCAGACAUUGGACCUUAUGCAACAAGAAAGACUAAGCCUGGCAGCAAAAUUUGUAGAAAGAAGUGAAUAUUAUACCAAGGUUGCCGAGGACAUUGCUAUGCAACUAAAACAACAGAAGGAGUGGACAAACGCUCAUAAAUUUAGCUCACUGAUUGGAGAGAGUGGCUCGGUAAAGGAGAAAGCAGGUGGCACCGACGAGUCCCAUGAUGAUGUGGCUAAAAGCAUAAUGGUGAAUUUGGAUGCUGCUAAAGCCAAGUUUGACCAGCUUACACAACUGAAAUUCAAUCUUGUUGUGGAGAAUAGAAAGCUGAGGGAGUCUGUUGAGCUAGUGAAGAGUAAAGUAAAUGACUUUCAGCCAGAACUUAGUGAGAUGGAUGUGAAAAGCUUGGAGGAGGAGCUUCAAGCGCUCUUAUCAGACAAAGCCGUAGAAACUGAGUAUAUGCAGUCUUUGCAACUCCAAAUUAUGAAAUUGACGGAAAUUUCGCAUGUUGUUAAAUGUUGCUGUGGAGAGGAAUACAAAGCAAAAUUGGAUCUUUGA